CCUCCAACGCUCUCUGCUCUACUCGACGGGGCUACUUACUUCAAUUGCUUAACUCUGCUCCGGUCCCGUCCCCACACAGGCCUUGCGAUAACCCAUUACGCGCGUGCUGGAUCCUGGUCCUGGUCCAAGGGAGGGCCCCUCACCCCCCCCUUGCUUCCCCAAUCCCAGACCCAGACCCAGAGCAUCAAUGGCUGCAUUGAGCAUCUGGUGGUGCAGAUCUUGGCGGCCCUUUGGUUUCUUUGGUUUUGCCCGAAACAACUGGCCACUUGUGGUGCUUUGUGCUUGUACUCGUGGUAGUACUGCCUGCAGUGCUGUGUCGUGGACGAUGCUUGCUAGGUUCAUGUUGCUUGCUGCAGGCUCGCACAGAACAAGGCAGCCCCGGUGGUGUAGAGAGAGACAAGACGAGACGAGACAAAGAAAAAAGCCGAAGCCAUCCAAUCCAUGCUUGUCUGUCUCCGGUGAGCGAUAUUGCCUGCUGCCUGUGCAAUCCUUGAAGGUUGGAUUCUGCGAGAGCCAUGGAUGUUUAUCAUCGUCCCCGCAUUGCUCUAUCGCUGAUGGCAGCCAUUCGGAUUAUCAAAUCGUUUCGCUGCCGCUAUCAGUGGAUGCCGCGUGAUGCCUCCAGCGAACCAGACAGUGGCCCACUGCCCCUACGGGGAAGUUGGGGGUUGCUUGGGCUGCUGGCGUUUUAGUGGACUCUGCUCGCGGAUUACAGGGGA